CAAUCGACACUGUAUUAGUGCGGACCCCGCGUUUUCAACACUUGUGUUUAACAAUAUCUAGUUGAGGUUUCGUUUCACUGGAAAAUUAUGAAGUGUGUCCCUAAGAUUCUUGUCCCUGUUGGGAUCGAAUUAAUUAAACUAGUUGUUUAUGCAUAUGAGUAUCUUACAUGGCCACUCUACUACUUAUUCAGUAAAACUCUAAGGUACAUGCCCCUACCAAACUCUCCUGUUGACAGCGACUGGACGUAUAACGAAGAAGAAAGUCGAACACUGGCUCUUCCUGUACGAGAAGGUGAUCCUGGUUCCCCAUGGAGGGCAGUUGAAGCUCUUGAUGGUCUGACGAUUGCACUACCUGGAUGUAAAGAUUUGGUUGAUAUAUGGCUCCGAACCGUCAAACUGUGGCCUGAUCUACCAGCGUUUGGUACGAGAGCUGUCUUGCGUACGGAUUAUAAAACUGCUCCAGACGGACGACAAAUGAUUGAAUUAACUCUGGGUCAAUAUUCUUGGGAAACCUUUUGGGACGCCGAACGUCGGGUGUCUCACUUAGCAGCAGGUUUAUAUUCAAUGUUAGGGUCUGUCAGAGAAAGUAAUCAACCUAUUGCAAUAUUCAGUGAAACACGAGCUGAAUGGAUGUUUGCUGCACAGGCAUGCUUCCGUCUCAAUCGACCUGUUGCUACUUUGUACGCUACUCUCGGUGAUGACGCAUUGGUUCAUGGAUUCAAUGAAACAGAGGCAGUAGUCGUGUUAACAAGUGAUGAGCUCCUAUCUAAAGUAAUUAAAAUUGUCCAAAGAUGUCCUUCAAUUCAACGCAUCGUUUAUUUUACGAAUGGAAUUUUCAAUCGAGAACUCUAUACCGAAGUUGACAAUUUGGCUGUACCAACGGGGAGCGCUACUGCUAGUAUUGCUGAAGCUCUGACAAAAUGCCCGCCGAACUUACACUUACACGAUAUUAUUGAAGUAGAACGUCUGGGAGCUGCAGUGAUAAUGAAAGAAAAAGAGAAACAGAAGACAAAUGACGUCGCACCAACUGCAGGAGAUAACAACCAUUCUUCUAAUGGCUACGAAGGCUUAUGGUUACCGCCUAUAUCAGAGCGUGUCAAACCAUCAGAUUUGGCUGUAAUUAUGUACACCAGCGGAUCAACAGGUCAACCUAAAGGUGUUGAAAUGACUCACGAAAACCUAGUCAGCGCAAUAGCUGGUCAUCUACAGCGUUUACCGAAACUCCGUAGUAACUACGACAUAUAUAUUGGUUACCUGCCACUAGCCCAUGUCCUGGAGCUUACCUGUGAAUUAUGCUGCGUUAUAAUGGGUGUGCGCAUUGGUUACUCAAACCCACAAACGCUAACCGAUACAUCAUCCCGUAUCAAACGAGAUUACUGUUUAGGUGAUGUUAGUCUUCUUCAACCUACUCUUUUUGCCAGUGUACCUACUGUAUUGGAACGUAUUUCUAAAGCUGUUUGGGAAAAAGUUAAUGCUGGAGGCGAAUUUCUACAAGCACUCUUCAAAUUUGCAUAUGCCUAUAAAUGUCGACGAAUCCACGGUGGUUUUCCUAGUUUCCUUGUGGAUCGAUUGAUUUUCCGUAAGGUUAGAUCACUUAUGGGUGGUCGAAUUCGAUAUAUCGUUUGUGGUGGAGCACCAUUGUCAGAAGAUUCACAGCUAUUCACAAAUAUAUGCAUAGCACCUAUUGUUCAAGGUUAUGGACUUACUGAAACUUGUUCUGCUGGUGCUCUGAUGGAAUGUGGUGAUCUACGAUGUAAUCAUACUGGAGCACCACCUUCUACUGUACAAAUUCGUUUGAGAGCCUGGCCUGAAGGUGGUUAUUCUCCUUAUGAUACACCAUCACCACGUGGGGAAAUUCUAAUUUCUGGUAAACCUGUUUCUCGAGGCUAUUACAAACAACCUGAAUUGACAGCUAGAGAUUUCAUCACUGAAUCAGAUGGCACACGAUGGUUCUGUACAGGCGACAUUGGACUAAUGCACACAGAUGGAAGCUUGUCGAUUAUUGAUCGUAAAAAGGAUCUUGUCAAGUUGCAAGCUGGUGAAUAUGUCUCGCUGAGCAAAGUUGAACUGGCUCUUAGUCAGUCAGUUUACGUCGAACAAAUCUGCGUUUACGUGGAUCCAACACAAAAUUAUCCCAUUUGUUUCGUAUCACCGAAAUUAAAACCUCUUCUUGAAUUAGCGGAAUCACUGAACCUACUUCAAUUACUUGAGGAAGCUCGUGCGAAACUCCCUGAACAAUCAUUAAAAGAUCCAGUUGCUAUUGAACACGUUCAACGGGCUGUUCUUUGUAAACACCCUCAGAUAAUAUCUGCCGUAUUAAAAGAUCUACAUCGAGUUGCUAGAGAAAAACGUUUAAGUUCAUUUGAAAUACCUCAAAAAGUUGGUUUAGAUACUAUCGCUUGGACACCUGAUACUGGUCUUGUUACAGAUGCAUUAAAAUUGAAACGUUUCAACUUACAAACACGUUUUCAACGUGAAAUUGAUGAACUCUAUCAUAAAGAUACAAGAGCCUAAUUGCAUUAGUGGUAGUUAUAAUUGUAAUAUUAAUGACUAAAUAAGAUUUUCUAGGAUGGAUAAAGGAGAUGAAAUAAAGAAAAAUUGAGUGUAUAUCCACGGAGAUAGAGUAAAUGCAUCAGAGGCACUAUUCCUCAAAAGUUGAUGAUACACUAAUAAUACGCAAAAUAUAUGUUGAUACACAAGUCUACAACACAAUGAAUACAAUGAAAGUUAUUGAAGUAAGGAAGAGAAAAAGACAAAAGUAGAAGAGGAGAAUGUGUGUAUUUUUAAUUGAAAUAUCACUGUUAUUUGUGCUGUGGUUGUGUAUACACAUGGAGUAGUAAAAAGAGUAGAAAUAAACACAGGGCAACAACAUUACGCCAAAUACACACAUUGUAAAGAUAAAAUUUAAGCAAGUCUUACAACAAAGGAAGAUUAAAAAGCGAUAAGACAGGGUAGGAAGAAACUUACCAAACGGGAAAAUAAUAACAACAAAUGAAAACAAAACAUACUCACGAGAAGGGUGCAUAGAAUGUAGGAAAAAAGAAGAACAAAUUGUUCGUCCUUGUAGAAAUAAACUUUAAAUACAUAUCUCCCACAUACACUAUUAUAUCCGGAUGAUGAUGAAGCAAAACGCGAAAAUCAACUGGAAGAGAAAAAAGAGAAUGGUAUUCGAAAAGAAUUUGAUAAUUAACAUCUUUACUCCCCACCCGUAUACGUGUAUAUAAAGGGGGGAAGGGAUAAUAGAAAUAAAAGCAGUAAUUUAUCCAUUCAUAUAUAUAUAUAUAUAUAUAUAUAUAUAUAUAUAUAUAUAUAUAUGAAUGGAUGGAUGGAAUGGAAUGUGCACACAUUUCUGGCACCUAUAUUGAAAUUACUGCUUCUAUUUCUAUCAUUCCAUCCUCCGUUUAUAUACACUUUUAUGGGUGAGAAGUAAAGACGUCAAUUAUCAAAUUUUUUUCGAAUACCAUUCUCUUUUUUCUCUUCCAGUUGAUUUUCUCGUUUUUCUUCCAUCUAUCCUGUCUUUAUUAGAUAGAUAUAUGACAGGAUGAUUCGUUAUCUGGAUAUAAUAAUGUAUAUGGGAGAUAUGUAUUUAAAGUUUAUUUCUACAAGGACGAACAAUUUGUUCUUCUUUUUUCCUACAUUCUAUGCACCCUUCUCGUGAGUAUGUUUUGUUUUCAUUUGUUGUUAUUAUUUUCCCGUUUGGUAAGUUUCUUCCUACCCUGUUCCUGACUUAUCGUCUUUUGAUCUUCCUUUGUUGUAAGACUUGCUUAUAUUUUAUCUUUACAAUGUGUGUAUUUGGCGUAAUGUUGUUGCCCUGUGUUUAUUUCUACUCUUUUUACUACUCCAUGUGUAUACACAACCACAGCACAAAUAACAGUGAUAUUUCAAUUAAAAACACACACAUUCUCCUCUUCUACUUUUGUCUUUUUCUCUUCCUUACUUCAAUAACUUUCAUUGUAUUCAUUGUGUUGUAGACUUGUGUAUCAACAUAUAUUUUGCGUAUUAUUAGUGUAUCAUCAACUUUUGAGGAAUAGUGCCUCUGAUGCAUUUACUCUAUCUCCGUGGAUAUACACUCAAUUUUUCUUUAUUUCAUCUCCUUUAUCCAUCCUAGAAAAUCCUUGCAUAGUCAUUCAUUUAUAGGAGGAUCGGUUCACGAUAUCCUCAUAUGCGUUUACUUAUGUGUGGUGAUUUCACAAUUCAUUCAUUAUUACUUCACUUCUUCUUUUUUGUAAAUUUCUGAAAUUUUUUCCUGUAUAAUGAAAAUUAUUCUUGGGAU